UUUGUGUAAAUUCUGCAUGUGUUGAAAGGCUUUUUUCAUGUAUGGGCUGGUUUCAUAAUAAAUAUCGUAACCAUUUAAAGCCUAAAAAAGUAUUACAAAUGAGUCAAUUGCGUGCUGCAAUGAAUUAUCGUAAUAAUUUAAAAGUGAUUGAAAAUUCAAUUAAAAAAUUUCAAGACAAUAUUCAACUAUCACAACCACAGUCUGAUAAUUCCAAAAGACUAACAGAUUCUACACAAAACAAUCAAGAUUAUGCUGCAGUUGUUAGUGAUUCUGAGGAUGAAGAAAUUCAAGAAGAAAGAAAUAACAAUGCUAUGAGCGUGGAAGAAUGGAAUGAAAUAGUGUCAAAAUGGAUUACUAUGAUUGAUGAUGAUGAGCAUGCGGGCAAUAUAAUUGACCACCCAUCGAUUAAUAAGGAUGCAAAGUGGAAUCUUAGCA